AUGGCGGCGGCGCCGGGGGCCGACAAGCCCCCUUCCCGCUCCUUCGCUGACAUCCUCUCUAAAUCCUCUGUUGUCUCCAACCUCAAACCUCCAAGCAAAUUCAAAGGAAUGCCAGCUGUUGCUUUUUCAGAUCAAGAAAUUCAUCGUUUCUCUCAAAAAUUUAAAUUUGCUCUUAUCGGCAAGUUCAAUAAAGGGCGCCCAACAAUGGCAGAUCUACGAAAAACGUUCGAUCUUAUCGGAUUUGGUGGAGCCUUUUCCCUUGGCUUGAUUGAUCAACGACAUGUCCUCAUCAACUUCGAUCUUGAAGACGACUUUCAGCGCUGCUGGCUCCGAAAAUCUUGGUCGAUUCAAGGUUACUUCAUGAAUAUCUUCAAAUGGACGCCAGAUUUUCGUCCAGACAUCGAAUCGCCAAUUGUCCCUAUUUGGAUAGCAUUUGAAGGCUUGCCAACACAUCUACAGGACAAAGAAGCUCUUUGUUCAAUUGCCAAUCUCAUAGGAACUCCUUUAAAAGUUGACUCCUCCACUUUGCUGCAAAACCGACCAUCCAUAGCGCGUGUCUGUGUGGAACUCAAUGUUAGCAUUGAAAAACCAGAUCAAGUUUGGAUCACCAACGGUUCUUUUGGAGGUUUUGCCCAACCGGUUAUCUAUGAGUAUAUACCGCCCUACUGUCUUAACUGUCAAAAGUUUGGUCACCUUGUCUCAGAUUGCAAAAUCACUCGAGCUGCCAAGAUCCCCCAAGAGUCAAGCCAAGAACAACACAAAGAAUAUCGCCAAGAAACCUUUCCCCUCCCUCAACAUUCUGCACCAACCAUUGUUCCCCCAAGAAAAAGAUGGCGUCCAGUCAUAUAUCAACAACCUAAGGAGCAGCAAGGAGAAGGAUCCUCUCUUCCGCCACCUGAACCAGAAAAGCCACAAGAACCAGAAUCAUCAAAUGGAGAAGGAGCCUCUCUUCCACCACCUGAACCAGAAAAGCAAAAAGAACCAGAAUCAUCAAAUGCAGCUCAUGAUUCAAUCCCAGAUAACAACGCUAAUUUGGGGUUGACCCUUAUCGAUGAUCAUGGCAUCCAAUCUGAAAACCAUUCUGACUCCCAUCCUGGCCACCAAUCAGACGGAGAUGUACCUCAAAACGCACAGAAUAGCUCCUUACCUCCACUGGAAUCAUGGAAAACAUCAAGUCAUCUCAUCACCUCCAGAAUUGAAAAAUCCACACCGAAUGAUUUUAUUGCCGUCACAAAGAAAAAAUCUCGGCCAAGAAAGGACUACUCUGAGUCUGCUCCAUCUGUCACUACUCGCUUAUCAGUGGGUGGAUUUGCAUCAGAGAAAACGAAAGUUUGGCUUUUCUGGUCGGACUCCUUCGAAGUUGAUAUUGAGAUCGACAAUGAGCAAUUUAUAUUUUGUAAUGUUAGCUUUGUCCCUUGGCAAUUCAACUUCAGUUUUAUUGCUGUUUAUGCAAAACAUACUAGAGCAGACAGAGCUCAUCUAUGGAGGCAACUUAAUGAGCUAAUUGAUGAUACCAAACCUAUCCUUCUGGGAGGAGACUUCAACGUCAUAUCAAGCAUUGCAGAAUAUAGAGGAAACGCAUCCCCCGAUCUUGGGAGCAUCUCCGAUUUUUCAGAAUUCAUCAACGACAGUUCCUUAAUUGAUUUGGCUACUUUGGGAAAUCAGUACACAUGGCAUGGAGUUAGAAACACUGGAGAUGUUUGGAAGAGAUUGGACAGAUUUUUAAUGACUCCAGCAUGGAGAGAUUACCUAUCGGAGAUCAGAAUCAUUGUCCACGCUCGAACGACCUCUGACCACUCCCCUAUCCUUUUAUGCGGGGAUAAUGCAAACGUCUCAUGCCCAAAGCAAUUUCGAUUCCAAAGCAUGUGGACCACUCACCAUGGUUUUCUUGAAGAAGUAAGAUCAAACUGGUCUUUGCCAGCAGAUGGAGGAGGUAUGCGUGCUCUGGCCUUUAAACUUAAACGGUUGAAACAAGCUCUUCGCUCUUGGAACCGAGACAUCUUUGGCAAUGUUUUUGAUCGCAUUAAAAAUCAUGAGAACUUAGUAGCUGACAUAGAGAAACAAUAUGACAAUUGCCCUUCUCCAGAAAAUCGUGCUCUGUUGCACAAACAUCAUGCAGAUCUUCUUUUAGCUCUUAAACAAGAAGAGAUGUUCUGGAGACAAAAGGCCAGGGUAAAAUGGCUAAAGGAAGGAGACGCCAACACUAGAUUUUUUCAUGCCACGGUCAAGGACAGACAUCGCAGACAAAGAAUUUGUGCCAUCAAAAAUGAUUCGGGUAAUCUACUUACCACACAACCUGCGAUCCAAGAAGAAGCCAUCUCUUUUUACACCAAGUUAUUCAAGGCCGAGGAUUGCUUUGAGAUGGAAUCUAUUCUGCAAAACCUCCCAAUUAGCUUGGAAGUUUCUGACAAUUUUUCUUUGACAAAGCCACUCACUCGUGAAGAGAUUAAAGAGGCAGUAUGGAAACUAGACCCCGAUAGCGCGGCCGGCCCAGAUGGUUUUUCUGGCACUUUCUUUAGACACUGCUGGGAAAUUGUUCACGAAGACGUCUAUCUUGCAGCGCUUGAUUUUUUUGCAGGAGUGCCCAUCCCAUGUGCUAUUGCAAGUGCGCAACUAGUUUUGAUCCCAAAGGUUAUCAAUCCAGACACUUUUGCUGACUUCAGGCCUAUCAGUUUAUGCACUUUUAUCAGCAAGGUCUUCACAAGAAUUCUAGCUACUCGCCUGAGUAAACUUUUGCCCAAAUUGAUUUCUAAAGAACAGACAGGUUUUGUUGAAGGAAGAAACAUUCAAGACAAUAUUCUGCUGGCACAAGAAUUGCUUCAAUAUAUCGACAAAAAGUGUCGUGGAAAUAAUGUUAUGGUUAAACUGGAUAUGAUGAAAGCUUUUGACAGAGUAUCUUGGCCUUUCUUGAAGGCAGUACUCCACAAGUUUGGCUUCUCAAUCAAAUUUAUUAACCUUAUCAUGAAUAAUCUUGCAGCGACUAGACUUUCUGUCUUGAUCAAUGGAGUCAGCAGCGGUUUCUUCCAACCAACUAGAGGUGUUAAGCAAGGCGACCCCCUAUCACCUCUUUUGUUCAUCCUUGUUUCGGAGGCAUUAUCACGCUCCCUCAUUCUUAAAAUGGGCACAGGUAUGAUUUCGCCUUACUCGACAAGAGUUCAAUGCCCAACCAUUUCACAUUUAGCCUUUGCAGAUGACAUCAUAAUAUUUAUAAAUGGAUCAUCAAACUCCCUCAAGGCCUUGACGGAAUCAUUAAGACAAUAUCAAGCAGGUUCAGGGCAACUGAUCAAUUAUAAUAAAAGUUUCUUUGUCACUUCCAAACAUUGCUCAGCGCAGAGAACGGCCACAAUGUCACGAAUCUUAGGCAUGCAACGUUCAAUUAUGCCUUUUCGCUAUCUGGGAGUGAACUUAUUCCACGGUAGAAAUAGGCUCAUAUAUUAUCAAAGUCUGCUGGAAAAAGUGGAUGGAAAACUUCAAAGUUGGACCAGAAGAUUACUUUCCCCGGGUGGGCGUCUCACACUUAUCAAGCACGUGCUAUCAAUGAUUCCCAUCUACACAAUGGCUACUAUAGCGCUGCCGCGCCAAAUUGUGAAGACUCUUGAAUCUAAGUUUGCCAACUUUCUCUGGGGCACUAGUGAGGGAAGACCGAAACGUCACUGGGCAUCCUGGAAAAAAUUAUGCUUACCUCAGAAAGAAGGGGGUUUGGGUGUUCGCUGCUUCUCAUCAUUGCAACAUACCUUCACUGCUAAACUCUACUUCAACUUCAUGCAAGGGAGAUCACUAUGGAGCACCUUCAUGCAAACUCGAUAUUCAGAGGAUACUCCCAAGAUUUCUGACUCUAUAACUUGGCGGCGCAUGCAGGAGAUGGCAGAAUUUGUUGAAGAAAAUACAUUUAAAACACCCGAUGCUCUUAUUUGGAAGCCUUCAACAUAUGGAAAUUUUUCCUUCUCUUCGGCUUAUGACUCUCUUCGACCAAAAGCAGGAUUAACACUAUCUUCAGAGUGUAUCUGGGGAGGGGGAAUUCCCACCAAAAUUUCGGUUUUCAUGUGGAAACUCUUGAGAAGACUUCUUCCAUUCCCAGAUGUGGUAGAACGCUUUGGUUUUUGUCUCCCAUCAAUCUGCCCUUUUUGUCUUGGAGCAAGUGCAAGCUUAGACCAUUGUUUACUUCUCUGCAACCGUGUUCAAAAUGUUUGGAACUACUUCAGUGGUGUUUUCGGACUCCCCUUACUCAACACUUCCUCUGUUAGAUCAAAAUGUCACGCAUGGUGGUUAUCAUCAUCCCCAAACUCGGCAGUUGGCUACAUUACGCGCCUCAUGCCUAGUCUGGUGCUAUGGUUUUUAUGGGUUGCUUACAAUGAAUCCAUCUUUGAAGGAUCAGCCUUCUCUGCCACAAGAACCAUUAAAAGAAUCAAACGAGAAUCUCUAUUAAUUUCCCUCUCUCGGUCAGUUCGUAAGCAACACUCGUCGGAUUCCUUUUUACUAUCUGAAGGUUUCAUUGCAAAUUUUGUUGAAUCUCCUCGAAGAGCAAUCACUUGGGUUCAAUGGCUCGCGCCGCCUCCUGGCUGUUUAAAACUCAACACAGAUGCAUUCUACUCUGCCAAUGGCGCCGCGGGAGGGGCCUGCCUUAGAAACGCAAAUGGAAGUCUCAUUAUUGCACUUCGUUUCCCCUUGGUGGCUUCUUCUGCUCUGGAGGCAGAAGCAUUGGCCUUGCGCUUUGCCCUCCAAUGGUGUGAGCUUACAGCCACAAUUCCAUUCAUAAUUGAAGUGGAUUCUCUCUCUCUUGCUCUCACUGCAUCCUCCCAAACAGUAAAGAUUCCUUGGAAAAUAAUGGAAGUAGUUCAGUACAUCCGUUCUUGCCUUUCUUUGUGGGGUUCAACCCUGACACAUAUCUAUAGGGAGGCCAACCAGGUGGCUGACGCACUUGCUUCAGAAGGACUUAACAGUAGCUCGCCCGCUCUUUUUCACUCUUGUACUUCUUUACCUAUAAAGGUCAAACUGGCUCUUUUGUAUGAUCAGCGGGGAUUUUCAUCCCCUAGGUUUUAA